AUGACUUUUUGGGAAGUUUUCCACGUUUCCAUGUUGUUUCAUUACAUUUGGUUUGUUGAAAUUGAAGUUUAAUGUUUAUAUGACGCGCAAAAAAACUUUUUUUGAAAUCUAAUUUUUUUGAACAUUAUUCGCUUGAUUUUGAUAAAUGUUCUGUAUUUCAAUCCAUUAUGAGUGAUUUUUUUCUAUCUCUUUUUCCCGUUUUUUUAUCGUUUUUUUCGUGCGUUAAAGUCAACAUUUUUUUAUUAUCUAUCUCGUGUUAAUGAAACGUUUUCAGGGUCAAAUUGAAGCCGAACAAAAAUAAAAAAAUUAAAUAAAUAAUGAAUCAACAGCGUUUUUUUAUCAAACACAGUCGUCAGCGACAAAUAUUCGGUCAAAUCAUUCAGUUAGUGUUUUAAAAAUGAAUUUUUGAAACGUAAGGGACUUGAGAAGCGUGAUAAGAAGUCUAUUAAAAAAAUUUUUAAGUUUUGAAAAAAAUGACUCAAAAAUCGUUCAUUAUGUGAGCGAAAAUCAAUAUAUUCAUUUAAUUUUGAAGCAUUUUUGCUCGAUUUUGGGACGUAAGUUAUCUUUACUGAAGACAUUGCUGUAGGGCUUUUUCAAAAAGGAAAAAAAGGCAAAAAAAUUCUUUGAAAAAGUAUAUUUUUUUCGAUUUUUUUGAGCUUUUUUUCUAUUCUCUUGAGCUUCUUAAAUUAGGACUUUUUGUAUCAAAAAAUCUUCAAAUUUAAUUUUACACACUGAAAAUGUGAUUCCAGGGUCCACCGCCAGUGAAACAGGCGCACUAUGACACGACAAUGGUCCAAGCGGCCCAAAAUCGUCAGCAAAUGGCCCUUCAGACGGCCCCGCGGAGGGUCGCCCAGCAGCACGGGACUGUGGUCCGGCCCCAGGCGGCUUUUCCCUUCAAUCCCUCCGUCGCUGUCAUUCACGGCUCCGGCCGCAAGUAUGUAAUGGAGAAAUCGAUUUUUCGAGUUUUCUGUACUUUUCAAGCCACAAUUUUCAGAAAUAUAUACUUUUAAAGGUCAAAAUUUGCUUCAAAUUCAUCAAAAAUGAAAAUAUUUUCCUAAAAAAAAAUAGGUAUUUUUGAUUUUUUCGAGUUUUCUGUACUUUUCAAGCUCUACUUUACGAAAUUAUAUACUUCGAAAGGUUUAAAAAUGCUUCAAAUUCAUCAAAAUUGAAGAUAUCUUCUUUAAAAAAGCUGUUUUCGAUUGAAAAUUUUCCCUUCUUGGAAGAAUUUUGAGCAUUUUAGCAUUAUUUAUUGAUGAUAAAUUUUCUUUUUUACAGUUCCUAUGUUGAAAAUAGACGGAAAUCGUAAUAUUAGCUCUAAUUUUUGUCAAUUUAAACCUUCAAAACAUUCAAAAAUGAACAAUUUUCAAGAUUCGCCGACAAAGGAGAACGAGGCGAGUGGCAGAAGAAGAAAACGAGCGAAAAACCGACGGGACUUCGCCAUUUCUCGACAAAAGUCUGCGAGAAAGUCAAGCAAAAGGGCCUCACCAACUAUAAUGAGGUAAAUAGAAACUAAAAAAACAUUAUAAAAAAAUUAUUUUUUUCAGGUAGCCGACGAGUUGGUGGCCGAAUAUUUCGAAAGCAACAUGGUCCAUCAUGUUGAUGUAAUUUUUAAAGUUUCGAAAAAGAAUAAAUGUUUCCUGUUUCAGCAAAAACAAGAGUACGAGAUGAAGAAUAUUCGUCGACGUGUCUACGACGCCCUGAACGUUUUAUUGGCCAUGAAUAUUAUCGAGAAGAAUAAAAAAGUGAAAAUAUCCCCAUUGAAAAUCUUCAAAUAUCCCCAUUUUCCAGGAUAUUCGCUGGGUUGGGCUGCCAGCUUCAUCGGCGCAGGAAAUCAAGCGCCUCGAGGAGGAAAAGGUUCAGAAAAUCGCUUAUUAAAGGCGCAUGCUCCUUUAAUAACAGGAACGGCGGGAGCUGAGAAUUCGCGAAAAGUUGGAAGUCCUCCAAGAAAUGAUCGUUCAGCUGGUUUCGUACAAAUCGCUUGUCAACCGGAAUCGUCAGAGAGAAACGUGGGUCUUGCGGCGAAUUUAAAGGCGCAUGUGAUUUUUUUCAGAAUCGAAGGACGUCCCGAUCAGAAUUCGCUCCUCUACUUGCCAUUCAUCAUUGUGAAUACUGACAGGAAGUGGGAUUUUGAAAAAAAAAACGGAAAUUUUCUUGGAAAGAUUUCUGAUUCGUCUUAUUUUGCUCACAAGAUCCUGAAAUUUCUGAAUUUUUUUUUGAUUGCAGUGGUAAAAUAUGAUCUGAAAAGACUUUUUGCUCCUAAUUUUCAUUAAAAACUAGAUUUUCAGCUCAAAUUUCAUAUCUAAACUUGUGUAGCUUUCAAAAAUGUGAAAUAAUAAUUUGGUUUCUUGGGAUUGUUCUAAAAUUUUUACCCAUUGAUUCUUGUGUAGCUUUGAUACAAUUUAUGCAUACUUAUUUUUUCGUUUAUUUAGCCUCCGGUUUAACUUUUGAUGAAACUUCACUAAAGUGUACUUUAGGACCUUCUGAUUUCAGAACAAGAAGAAAAUUUCUCGCAAUAGAUUUUUUUUUUUUCGAGUAGGAAACUUUCAAAGCUCAAAAUAGCGCUUUUUUUUGUCAUAAUUUGUGGAUUUUGCGGACUUUGAAGCUUCGUAAAUCGGAAAAAAAGAUAUUGCGAUAAGUUUUUUCUUGUUCUGGGAUCAGAAGGUCCUAAAGUACAGUUCAGCGAAGGUUCAUAAAAGGGGGGUAAAGAACGUUCCCUAGUCAUUCUCCGUACAUUUUCUGCUGGAUUAUGGGUUAAUUGAAGAGUAUUUUGUCGGUUCACGAAGCUGUAGUUGAUCAUCACGUCCUUGAUAGUAACAUAGCCUUGAGCAUUCCAAAGAUCAGCUACUUUCUUCACUUUUCGAGCCAUUUUCAAAUAAACAUCCUCAAAUUUGCAGCGCGACGGUGGAAUGCAGCGUGGCCAACGACAAAUCCGAGUACCUUUUCUCGUUCGACCAGACCUUCGAGAUUCACGACGACGUGGAAGUUUUGAAGCGGCUCGGCAUGUCGUGCGGGUUGGACACGGGCGUGGCGACGGAAGAACAACGCGAGGAGGCCAAGUCCUACCUGCCCUACCUGAUUCGGCCCUACGUCGAUGACAUCAUCAGCAAUGGGGGAUCGAACAUCGAGGAGAUCGACGAGGAGCCUCAACAGCAGCAGCAGCAACAGCAGCAGGAGGGGGAAGAGGAACAGAUUGACGAUCCGAUGAGUGGAUUCGUGCUUCCGUGAGUUUUGAUGGGUACUGAGGAGGUUUAGAGUGACCCCUAUAGGGGUUAGCGGGAAAACAGUCUUCAUAGGAGUCGAAAUAGUGGUCCCUAUAGGGGUUUAGGGUCUGACCAUUCAGCCCCCAAAACUUAAGUGGUCCCUAUAGGGUUCUUUCAUUUUUCAUUCAAAACGCUUAUUUGUUCAGUUUUUUUCCCAUGGAGAUGCUUCUUCGCAUAAAAGUUAUCGACUAGCACCCCUAUAGGGGCCACUAACUAAAACGUACUUUUCCAAGGGGGUACGUGAUGACGUCACAAAAAGUAGUCGGUUAGCCCAUGUAUGCCCCUAUAGGGGUUGGUCAAGUGAUCACUAGAGGGGAUGCUUCAAGGCCCCUAAGGUUGACCCUACAGUGACCACUCUGAGGCUCCUAAAAUGGCUCUUUUGGCAGUUUUGAGGCGCGAGUCGCCCCGGGGUGUUAUGCGGUCGUCCCAUCACACGUAUCUGUCCUUUCUAGGAAGUAAAUCGACCCCUGAACAAAUUUAUGAUCCCUUUGACUUGACUUGAGAAGCCUUCAUCGUGAGAUUUUAGCCAUAAAAAGAGUCCAAAAUAUGAAGAGAUCUCCCGAGAUUCCUCCUUUUCCAAGAAGAUAUUCCACAGAUAUCCUGAUUUUUGCACAUUUCAGAGUGGAGCGCCCGGGUCAGCGACCUGUGAGCCAACCGAUCGAUCCGAUGUACUUGGCGUCGACUUCUGGGGCUCCGCAGCAGCAGCCGUCGGGCGCUGUUCGUUCACUGCAGCCGCAGCAACAGCAGCAGCAGCAGCCGAGGGUCGUCUACGCACAGAAUCCGCAGUCGAUGCGCGCCCCGAUCCGCGGCCCCGCCAAUCCCAAUCCAACCAACACCGCUUGUUAUUUCGUCAACAAACAGCCGAUCGUUGUCAAGGUAUUGGGAAAGUUGAAAAACUUCAUUUUUAGCUAUGAGGAUUUUAAGGUUACUAAAGGCUCUCUUAGGGUCCCUUAAGGGCACUUGUAGGUCCCCUCAUUUCCUUGCGAGAAAUCUAUCAAAUUUCUUGUGAAGUCCCUCAGUUUUAGCCCUCUAGGGAACACUAUUUUGUCACCUUAACUUUUCCUUACCUUCUUGGGAGUUUCAAAGUGGUCCCUAUAGGGGUUAGGGGGUAAAACAGUGACUUCAAGGGCCGAAAAAAUGGUUCCUAUAGGGGUUCAGGAUCUGCAUGGAAAUGCUUUUUCGCAUAGCUUUCAAAUAUAUCGACCACCAUGUCCCCUAUAGGGGCCAUUAUACAAACUCCCAAAGAGACCACUUUUGCAAGCCUAAGUGACAUCUAUAGGGGUUCGUAAUUGUCCCUAGAGGGGACCCUCCAAAGGGUCUCUAAUUUUGCCCUAUAGGGACCACUCUGGCGUUCCUAAGAUUUCCAGGUAGCUUGAGACGCAAAAGGUUAAAGCAUUGUCUGCGCUCUCCAUUAACCAGAUACUAUUUCCUUUUUAUCGUGUCGAGACCCUUUUCUAAUGACAAAGGCCUGAAUCAAGGUUAAUUUUUUUAAGGUUGAGUAGGAAUGAGAAUGGACAACAAUGUCUUAUGAGCGAGAAAAAACGGCGUUUGUUUAAAAUUUAAUUUUUCAAGCCUAAGGUCAAAAGAAUAUAAGGAAUAGUCUUUAGAGAUGGAAAAAUUGGGAGAAAAACGGUUUUUUCUAAGACAAAUUAAAGAAAUUAAUGAAUCGUCAACCAUAUUCGUCCAAAUUUUGUUGGACUAAGGCGGAUUUAUAUUCAUUUCGAACCUAUUUUCAGAAAAAAAGGAAUUUAAAUAAGGAUUUUCCGUGGAAAUUUAGAAGAAGGUUCUCUAAAAACUUAAAUUCAGAGCAGCGGAACCCCACAACGAACCGUCAACGGGGUCAACAGCUCGGGAACCAUUCAAAUCCAUCACAAUACCAACCCGAGAUCUCGCUAUUACAUUAGUUAGUUCGAAAAUUGAUAGAAGAUCUGAUGAAAUAACUUUUCCAGAAACCCCCAACAACCAGCAGCAGCAGCAGGUUCAGCGACCCGUUCAACAAGUUCAGGCGCCCCAGACACUCCCGCCGCACCGUCAAUUCGCCCUCCAGCAACACCAAAUCCAACAGCAAAAGCAGCAGCAAAUGCGGAUGUCUCACUUGCAGCAGCAGAGGCCCAAAAUGGCGUCCGAUUUUCCGGAAAGCUUCGAGGUUGGUUUCAGGAGAAAAUAGCCUUUGACUUUUAAAGGCGCAUGGCCAGUAAAAAUUGGCGUUUGAGGUUAUAGCUGAUUCACGGCUGGCUUGAGCCAUUAAGAAAAGGGUCCUGCCACGAAAAGAGAUGAGACAGUGCCCUGGUUGGUGGAGAGUGCAGACAGGCCACGCCUUUUUGCGUCCCAAGCUAGCCGUGAAUCGUCUGUAAAACAGUAUCUUAAGAGCUUUUGCAAAUCUAAUUAAAAAACCAAAGAUAUAUAGCCGAUUCAUGGCUAGUUUGGGACGCAAAAGCUUGUCUGCGCUCUCCACCAAUCACUGUCUCUUUUCUCACCGUGUCAGGAUCCUUUUUUCCACGCCAGCCGUGAAUCAGCUAUAUGUACUUUUGAAAAAGGAGAUUGAACUCUCCCGCCAUUUAGUUUUGACAUCUGCUCGGGACUUGGGACUCUGUUUUCACAUGAGCAAAGACAUAAGGGUCCAUAGAAAUUUUGCUUUUAGGGUGACAAAGGUUCCUUUUUUGCUGCCUUUUUGCGCCAUUUCAUUGGCUAUUAUGCACCGUUUUUGCUGCCUCUCUCUUUUCCCACCAUUUCUUGAACGCUUAAAAUCCCAGAAACAAUGGAAGGCUCGAUAAAAAGGACCCUUUUUGCGGCCUUUUUGGUGCUUUUUUGCUGCCUUUUUGCGGCCUUUUUUUAGCCUCUCCCUUUCAGCGACCAUUAUCCACCAUUUCGAUCUGUAGAGUUAGAAACGAUUGCUUUGAAAACUAUUUUCUUCUGGAAAGGUCUUAUUUUUGGUAUUUUUCAAUGGAAAAAAGGUUCUAGAUGUCUCCAUUUUGUGAACAUGAUAUAUUUCUCAAUGGAGCGCCUUUUCUGAUUGAUCAUGACAUUUUUUUUUGAGCUUUUUUUCGAGCAUUUUGGCUCUUAGUUUAAGCUAUCAUUGGAGCUCACUUUCCAAGAAUUUUGGGUCUCUAAUUCUAGAAAAAGCUUGUUUUUUUACUUUUUGGAAUUUGGUCGAAAACGUAGGUUUUGGAGUUAUUAUGAAAUUUUUUUAAACGUUUCUAAACAAUUAUUGAUUUUCAUGGACUUUUUAAAAAUUGGUCGAAAAAAACGGCUAUUUCGGAUUUGGAAUCAUUAUAAAAAAAUAAAAAAAUUAUUCAAUUAAUUAUUGAUUUUUUUCCCAGGAAGUGGAAGGCGAGCUGAUGGAAGAAGACUUCAGCCUCUACGACGACGACGAAAGUGUCAUGAUGGCCGCGAAUCACUCCAAUUUACAAUAUUGA